AUAGACUCGAGGGGUGCUUUCCUGUGCUCGAACCCGCCACUGCCUACACACACAGGCACGGGAGUGCCUCUUUCGUUCCCGGGCCUGCGGUUGGCGAAGGCGUGCAAAGCCCGCUUGGAUCCCUGCAGGGAGAAUGAAUCGCAGGUUCUGAGGGCAAAGUUAUAUCCCAGGAUAUCAGAGAUGUUUAUCAAGAUUUAGAAGAAAGCAAAAAUCCAGAAAUUUACAACUGCUAACUCAGUUCAGAGGUGGAAAGUGUCUUUUGAGGUAGAGCACUUUAGCCUCCUGCCAGAGGAGUUGGCCUGAAGAGUGUUAAGACAGGGUCUUCUUUUUCCUACCACCACCACUUUCGCAAGACUGGCAACCAUGGGGGAAAAGUCACACACUUGCCCUUACUGUGGGAAAGGUUUCCGGCGAAACUCACACCUUACUCGCCAUUUAGCUACCCACUCUGGACUGCAGCGCCCUUUAGGUGGGAAACGCCUGGGACAGCAAGUGCCAGAGGAAGACCGUCCCUUCAGCUGCAGCUACUGUGGGAAGACUUUUGCCCGCAGUGCCCACCUGGCCCGGCAUCAGGAAACCCAUUCUGGGGAACGACCCUACAAGUGUACCUACUGUGGCAAAGCCUUUGGCCGCAAUUCCCACUUGACCCGCCACCACAGCACUCACACUGGAGAGCGCCCCUAUGAAUGUGGUGUCUGCGGUAAAGCUUUCACCCGUAGUGCUCAUGUCACUCGCCACCAAGGAACUCACACCGGAGAACGUCCUUUCCGCUGCACACGUUGUGGCAAAUGCUUCACCCGUAGUGCCCAUCUCCAGCGCCAUCAGGGCAUCCACAGUGGGGACAAGCCCUUCUCGUGCAGAGACUGUGGAAAGGGGUUCACCCGUUAUGCACACCUUGAGCGUCACCGUGCUACACAUUCAGGAGAGAAACCCUUCAAAUGCGCCAGCUGUGGUAAAGGGUUUGGGGCUGCCUCUCACCUUGUAAGACACCAGAAAACUCAUAAAGUUUAAUGGCUGGGUUUUGUGCCUGCUGCAAUCCAAACAAGUAUGAGAAUUGGCCAGUAUGAAGUACUUGGACUUACCCUUUAACUUUAUAUCUCUUUUCUCCAUUCUAAAAUCUACUUUUAGAAGGAAAUGAGUUCAACACACUCAACAAUAUUUACACCUAGUCUGCAGACAAAUUGAGGUACUUUGAGCUUUUGCCACUUCAGUUCAGCAGCACCCAAAGCAAAAACAAUUUUAGAUGGUAAAACAGCAAAUUUUUCUAUUUUUUUUCCUUUGAGGAAAAAAAAAACCUCAAACCUGCCAGUCACUCAUGGUUUUAUGUGUGCUUUUACUCAGUUAUAUAAAUAAAUGCUGUAUUUAAUUCCACCUUUUCUGGUAAGAAAGAUCCCAGACUUAUGCAUUUAUGACUCCCUGGCAGGUAUUUCAAAAUCCUCUGCCUUGUCCUCCAGCAUUAUCUACAUUGUGCAGUUAUGUAAAUGUGACAAUCUGAAUCAACAGAAGUAUCUUUUUGGCAAUUCCCUUGGAAUGUAAUUGGAGAAAUUAUUUCAUCAGCUUUGGAUUUUGAACCUAUGGCCUGAUCAGAUUGUUGUUAGAAUUAUGUGCCAUGCUCACCUAAGAGACUAGCAUUGGAAUAGGGAGUUAUUGUGCCUGCAUCUUAAGCUCCUCAGUAGCCUGUAGCAUCAGAAGGAAAUGUUAUUGAAUCUGAAGCCAAUUCUUAAGACUUGUCUAUCUCUUCCAUGCCUCUCAAGACUUUGAGGCUUGAUUUACAAUCAUCUAACUACAAGUGGUGCCUGCAACACCAUAUUGCAGCAUAGUUUAUUCAAAGACUACAUAGCCAUAUCACCUUUCAGAGAUAACGCAACUUAUUUUUCCCUUCCUUUGAACUGUUUCAUUUAAUAGCAUGUUGGAGCUCCUAUGCAUGCUCUGAUAUUGAUUUUCUUUUUAAUUUUAUUCUUUUGAAGGGAGGAAGUUAUUGCCUUUGGAUUUUAUUUCUAAUUAUUUUUCUCUGUUUUUGCAAAUUUUGGUAUUGUGACAUGCUGGUAACUUCCCACUUAUUUCUCAGUAGCCCCAUUUGGGUUACAUAUCCAUCAUAAAUGUACAUGCGUUUACCAGAAAUAUUGAUAGUUAUUCAUGUCCAGUACUAGAUUUUUUUGUGGGAGAAACAAGGAAUAGACCAAGACUUUUAUCAAGUGAAACUGCAAUGUGAAACUGCAAAUAUUUCAAGUCUUUUCCAUUGGGAGUAUAUGAGUUCUUACAUCUUGUCUUGCAUCUCCCAAUCCUUCAGCUUUAGUGAAUUUGAACUAUUUUUUUUCUUUUUUUUAAAAUAAUAAUAGCUAGAAGAGUUAUACUGAUAAAUUUUCUUACCUAACAACAGUGUGCUCUAGUGUAGAUAAAUAAAUUAGACGCAAAUUCAACAAAUCGUUGAAAAAUUUGCUUUAAUUUUUUGUUUAUUUAAAUCUGUUCAUAUUUUUUAAUGGAGAAAGAAGAUUUUAAAUAAUUGCUGUCUCAAUAGAAAGGGAACUGCAGAAAAAAGGUAUGGAGACAGCUGGAACCUUUAGCAGAAAUUUAAAGUAUAACUUUGAAUGUCCUGCUGUUCUGAAGUGCAUCAGAAAACCAGCCGAGGCAGCAGGUAUUUUUUUUAGCUGGAAUUCCAGAUAAACUAUGAUUACCCAAACUUUUUCUGUUUUGAUCCUUCUGAGGGAACUUGCUAAGUUAUCACAGCAAUCUGUUGCUGAUUCUCGUCUGCAUCCUGAUCUGUGAUUCUUUGUGGAUGUGGGAUUCCCAGAAUGUUUAGAAGCUCUGAUCAUACAAGAACCUGAUGAUUUUCUUACAUCAAGGAUGCUUGUACAGAGUGCUCACCAUGCCAAUGAUUUAAGUUAUAUAUGACAUUUGGACCUGGAAACAGCUAUAGGCCACUUGGCUCUGUUGUAUGGACUGGUAAUAACAUGGGCUGUUUGAAACCAGAGAAACUUAGCAGUAAGACUGCAGUUGUGCAGCAAAACUGUCAAAAAGGAUUCUCAAAAAAGAAAUGGACAAAUAAUAGAUAGGAAUAAUUUUA